CCAUGUACCAAGUAAGGAGGAAGAGUCGCCCCAAAAGUUGGGUGUUCGGGGAAGAGAGGAGAGAAGAGAACUUUUAACAGUACUCUUCCAUCUGGAGAUUGUGCGCCUCCUGCUCCAAAUCCCAACUCUUUCUUAGUUUUGCUUUGUUGCUCUGACCAUGGGUUUUACCAAGGAACAGUUGCUUGCUCGUUUGCAGGAGCUUCAAAUUGAUUAUUCAAAGUAUGAACAUCCUGUAGUUUUGACGGUUGAAGCUCAGGCUAAAUAUGUCGGGAAUUUAGGGGGUGGACUGAGUAAGAAUUUAUUUCUGAAGGAUAAGAAGAGUAGGUUAUACAUUGUUUCUGCUUUGUCUGAUACUAAGGUGGAUUUGAAAGUCCUAUCUGCAAGGCUUGGUUUGGGAAAAGGAGGUUUGAGAAUGGCUCCUGAAGAAGCAUUAGGAGAAAUACUCCAGGUACCUUUGGGUUGUGUUACACCAUUUGCAUUGGUGAAUGAAUCAGCACGACAUGUCUCUUUAUUGUUGGAUCAAGGGUUUAAAAGUCAAGAACGCUGCUUCUUCCAUCCACUAUCAAAUGACAUGUCUAUCUCUCUUAAUGUCUCAGGCCUUGACACGUUUCUUAAAUCAAUGGGGAGAGACCCCACAUAUGUGGACUUGGAGGCUAACCCCUCUGUUGGAAAGGAUCAACCACCAGAUCUAGCUUACCUUGUUCCCGUUGAUUCCGUGGUUCUUCCAAAUCCUCCAGAAAGUGUAACUUCCUGUAAAGGUUCUUCUGAAAAGUAUACUUCUGCAGAUAUUAAGUCCACAAAAAAUUCUGACAAGGCGUCAAAGCCAUCUGCCAGUCCGCAUAAUGCCAAAAAUAAACCAGUCAAAGGAGUAAAGCCCGCUUGCUCUACAACAAAUGUUGACAGAUUUGUCGAAGAGAUAUUGGAUAAAGCAUCUGCGUUGUUGCUCACCGAGAUUUCGGAGGAGAGUAUUAAGCAACACGGAGGACAGUUGGGAACAGUAGUAUCCAACAAUAUUAAAAGCAGACUUAUUUCAGAGUUGAACAGCACAACCAUGACAUUCAAGAAUGCUGCCUAUACAGAAGGAUUUCAUGCUGGCGUUCACCAUCAUCCCAAGCGUACAUACUGAUUGUUGAAUGGUAUGACUGUUCUAUCUUCAUCUCCUCAAAGAACAGAGGAAUAGGGAGUGAAACAACAAAAUAUUUAUGGUUAAUUGCCCCUUUAAUCUAAAUUGGGUAUUAUUAUAAUGAGAUAAGAUUGUAUCAUUUCUAUGAUUGGAACUUGUUGCUUUUCAAAUAUGACUCCAUUUUUUUUUCGUGAUACUGAUGCUGGCAACAAUAUCUUUGACAUUCCUCCUUUAUAAUAAUUUUACUGAACUCAUUAUUAUUUA